GGUGUAUAUGGGUAUCCAAUAGAAAUCCAAGCACUUUUCUUCAUGUCUUUGAGAUGUGCAUUGUGUCUACUCAAGCAUGAUCAGGAAGGAAAGGAGUUCAUAGAGCGAAUAGUUAAACGUCUUCAUGCCUUGAGCUAUCACAUGAGAAGUUACUUUUGGCUAGACAAGAAGCAACUCAAUGAUAUAUAUCGAUAUAAAACAGAGGAGUACUCUCACACAGCAGUAAACAAAUUCAAUGUAAUGCCUGAUUCUCUUCCAGAUUGGGUUUUUGAUUUUAUGCCAGAUAGUGGAGGCUAUUUCAUUGGUAAUGUUAGCCCUGCAAGAAUGGAUUUUCGUUGGUUUUGCUUGGGCAAUUGCAUUGCAAUUCUGUCAUCAUUGGCAACUCCUGAACAAUCCAAUGCAAUCAUGGAACUUAUAGAAGAACGGUGGCAGGAGUUGGUCGGAGAUAUGCCCUUAAAGGUUUGUUAUCCAGCCAUAGAAAACCAUGAAUGGCGGAUUAUUACAGGAUGUGACCCCAAAAACACUAGAUGGAGCUACCACAAUGGAGGAUCUUGGCCAGUGCUUCUAUGGCUUCUCACAGCUGCAUGCAUAAAGACUGGACGUCCCCACAUUGCAAGAAGGGCCAUUGAAAAAGCUGAAACCAGGUUGCCGAAGGACAGCUGGCCUGAAUAUUAUGAUGGAAAGCUUGGUCGAUAUGUCGGGAAACAAUCAAGGAAAAACCAGACUUGGUCCAUUGCUGGUUAUUUGGUGGCAAAAAUGUUUCUGGAAGAUCCAUCUCAUUUGCGUUUGGUAACUCUGGAAGAAGACAAACAAAUGAAGCCCCUCUUGAAAAGAUCAAAUUCAUGGACACGUUAGCUAUCAUCCUUUCUGUAGUUUCUACCGAAGUAUAAAUCUGUUAAUCACACAACUUUUGAUCUUCCUGUUCUUGAUGAAGUGGGGAAAGGAAAAACGGAUACCCCAUUAAGGAUUUUGUAGAAUCUAACAUCAUUUUUGGCCUUUUCUUUUGUUGGGAUUCAUUCAAGAAGGAAAAAGGCAACGAAGAGUAAGUACUGUUCAAGAAUUGUGAAAAUGAAAUUCCUGGCUCACU